UCGUUUUAUCUAUUAAGCCGAACUGCUAACUGUUAUAAUCUACUAUUAUAAUCAAGUCGAAUUACGUCAGAAUGUCCUAGAAAAAAAUAUUGCCGAUGUUAACAACAUUUUGGUAAAUGUUAACUUAACAGAGGAACGAGACAAAAAAUUAAUGGCGGGAGCUGUAUGGCGUGGGCCGAUCUCUCUCUCCAACCGGCGGCAGUUUGCAAAUUUUAUGUGGCGAAGCGGUUUAACGGGGAACAUUACAAUUGUGAUAUUUAAAUACUUUGGUUUGUGUAAAUAAAGCUUACAAAUAUGAAUAACACAGCGUCGCCACCUGAUGUCCUACAGACAGCGGGCAAUAUGCUCGAGUGUCACGACUUUCGAGACAGGCACAAGCCGGAACUCUUAGAGUUAACAGGCAUCAGUCAACAUGGGAGAGCAACGAUGAGUGGCCUCAACGAUUAUGAUUACCAAACCCUGUCGCAACUGACCACCGGUGAUACACAUAACCUACAACAACUGCGAACACUAACCAAAUGUGGAAUACCCAAUGAAGUCCUGGAGCACUUCAAGCAUAUCAAAUGCCACUGCAUAAUGGGCUUGUUUCCGGAAAUUGGACGCGCAUGGUUGACAAUAGAUUCGGAUAUAUAUAUAUGGACAUAUGAGCAGGCUCGAGACGUUGCCUACUACGAUGGCUUAAGCCAUUUAAUUUUGAGCGCUGGCUUAAUCAAGCCAAAGGCAGGCGUUCUAAUCAACGACGUCAAGUAUCUGCUAUUGUUGACAACACCCAUCGAAGUGAUUGUGCUGGGUGUUACAUUUGAGGAGCAGAAGGAUUCCAGAUGCACGGCAGCGAGUAGUACCCGAAUGCAGCUGUUAAACAAGCCCCUAUUCGUGCUUGGAACAGAUAAUAUAUCAAUUAAUGUCAUAGAGGGCACUAAGGAUGGACGCAUCUUUUUAGGCGGUCGGGAUGGCUGCCUUUACGAAAUUGAUUAUCAUUCUGAGUCAAGCUGGUUUGGCAAGCGUUGUAAAAAGAUAAACCAUUCGCAAGGAUUGGUUUCCUAUAUAGUACCAAGUUUUCUGAAAGUAUUUUCGGAGGUCGAUCCUAUUGAGAAAAUUGUUAUUGACAAUGGUCGAAACUUGCUUUAUGUACUAACUGAGAAGAGUUCUAUUGAAGCAUGGCACAUCGGCACGAACUUUACAGGUGUGCGAAGGCUUGGAAAGAUAACACAAAAUGAUAUUGCAAGCCAAGCGGUCAGCUUGAUUAAAACUGUUGAUCCAUCCAUAUUCAAAAGCGUGAAAGCGAUUUGUCCGCUCAGCACAGAUAAUUCAAAUUUCCUGCAUCUCGUUGCUGUCACGCAGUGCGGUGUGCGUCUUUAUUUCUCUACGACGAGGUUAAAUGUGCAACAGCAGCCGCUAAACUGUGGGACUGACAGUUUUGGUGUUCUCCAUCCAAAUAAUGUGCUGCCAAUGAUGCAGGGAGAUAUGGAAACACCAAGAGGAAUUUACCUACUGCACGUAAGGUUGCCGCCUGGCUACACACCGAAUGCAACGACCAAUAAACCAAAACAUGUGCAUGCUGCAUACCACAGUGAGGGCACAAUGUUGAUGGUGACUACGCAGCAACAGGAGCAGGAUUUACUAUGGUCAGUUAGCUCUGCCCCGUUUACAAACUUUACUUACCUCGUAGAGUCGACGGCAUUAGAAGGUCUUGAUGGCAUCGUUUGGAGCGUGGCAGAAGUGAAAGAUCCAAUAAUGGACAACACAACUUCACUGCUAUACAAUGCACGAACACCGCGUAGAAUCGUCUUGCUAACCAAUCAAGGCACCCACAUAGUGGAGCUACUCAAGGCCGCUCAUAUACUGCAGCAAUUGCUGCUGGCGUGCAAGGGUCCCCAUCACGAGGCAGUGAAAAUGUUCUUUCAAACGCAGAAUGAACGAGAGGCCUGUGUUACUGCACUCUUAUUGGCCACCUCGGAGCAGUUACGUGGCAGUGACAUUGCCUUAUGGGCCACCCAAGCAUUUAUGCUGUACGGUGGAGAACCGUGCUAUCAACAUUUUAUGAACUCAACCAACCGUAACUUGCAUAAUAGUACCAUGGGCACAAACACUCUCAUGCCGGGCAGAGAGCGAAUGCCGCCAAUGUAUAUGUCGACACCCAUGCCGAAUAGCUCAAACAUCGGCGUAAUGAGUGGCCAAUACAAUCAGCCAAUUAGUCCUAUUUCGGCUACACAAUCCGCCCAACAACAGCAGCAGCACUCGAUGCCGAGUAAUGAGAAUUCUCCCAUUUUAUAUUCUGCAAAACAUGAUGGCCUCUUUUUGUAUGUGUCUCGCAUGUUGCGCUCCGUUUGGCAAUCGCAUUGUGUCGACGAGAAUUUGUGUUCAAAAUUAACAAUUAACGAUUGCACUAUGCUACUGUCCGAAUUACGUUCGUUGCGCUGCUUUUUGGACAAACACUCGGUGCACGAUAUUUCUGCCACAAGACGACUGCCGUAUGAGAGUCAUUUGGGUAGACCGAGUCCUAUGAUGAUGAGCAACGCGCAAAUGCCACUAAACGAACAUCGCAACCUUACAGAGCAGGCACAGAUCGAGGAAAAGCGUUCGCUAUCCGCCUUGAAUCAGUUUAUUAAACAUGCCUGUGAGGUAAUGUCGCUGUGGAGCAUCUUAAUUGAUCAUCAAUUUCAGUUGCUUUGCCAGCAAUUGUCGCCCGAACAUCAGAAAAUGUUGAGAUGUUGCACAUUUCGAGAUCUGUUGAUUGCGCGCUCUGAAGUGUGUGCUUUUCUGAUCAUUGCGCUUAUCAAUUUAUAUCUCAAAGAUAAAGCGGAUGUGACAGAAGUGUCCGAUAACUUGCGGCAACUAUGCCCGAAUCUCUACAGACACGAGGAUGAAGUGACUUAUAAGGCCACCGAAAUACUAAUGAGCGCCAAGAACUGUAAAUCAGCAGCGGAAAAGCAACAAAAACUAUCUACAACCUUGCAAAUGUGUUUAGAUGCAGCUCCAACAUUGCCGUUGCAUAGUAUUUGUCAACAAUUCAUUUCGGUAGAUUUUUACGAGGGUGUUGUUGAGUUAUCUGCCACGUGUGCAUCUAAAAUGGAUCCCGAAGAAAUUGGUAUACAUUAUUACAAUAACAAUGAGCCUGCUGAAGAUCGGGAGGGUUACACAUGCUUUGUCACACGUAUGAACUACUACAAAGAGGUGCAACUCAUGCUGGACUAUGCCUAUCACACAGUUCGUAACAGUAAAACCGAUCGGGACCAGAGUCGUCUCUUUCAACUAAAUUGCGAAGCAACUCAGGAUCAUCACGAUAUGGAGAACAAAUCAAAGCAGAUUAUUAAAAAGAUCACGACCCAAGCACUUCGAAUGAAAGAUCCACUAAUACAUGUUACGAUCUAUGAAUGGUUGUUGUCCCACGAGAUGAACAGUGAAUUAUUGGAACUGGUUGAGCCAUCGUUGGGCGAGUUCUUGCGGCGCAGUGUUAGCCGCAAUCCAGAGAAUGUGAAAUUAAUUGACUUACUUUGGAAGUAUUAUGAGAAGAACGGACAUCAUCAUCAGGCAGCCCAGAUUCUCGAUAAUUUGGCAAUGACGCGAAGCGAAAACAUAUCUCUGGAUGUGCGCAUUGACUAUUUGGUGCGCGCGGUUAUGUGUAUGCGCAAUGAGACAGUUGGCUCGUCCGUCACCAAUGGUAUAUUUUUAAAGGAGUUGGAGGAUAAGUUGGAAAUUGCGCGCGUACAAAAAGCAGUGCUUGGUGCAAUGAGUUCGAUUGUCAACACAAAUCCAGCAGCCAGGCAGGCCAUAAAGGAUUUAAAUAUUGCGCUAUAUGAUAUUACACAAUUGUAUCAAAACUUCGCCGAUCCAUUUGACCUCUGGGAAUGCCAACUGUCGAUACUUAAUUGCUCCAAUCACAAUGAUCCCUUGUUAAUUGAGUCCGUUUGGGGCAAUAUUAUCAACAGCGCCGUUGAUGGCCCUGGCUCGGCACAAGAGCGUAGCAUAAAACUAUUUACAAAAAUUGAACUAUUAGUGCGAGAGUUUGGCGAAUCCGGGCCGUGUUUUCCAUUUGCUUUCCUCAUAAGAGAGCUGGAGAUAAAGGCCUGUCAACUACAGUUGCCGGAGGGAACAGUGCCAGAAAAGUUGUUUGCCAUGAAGCUAGACAUUGAGCUGCUUUUAGAAUAUUACUCCAGAAUGAUCUCGAUGAAUGAGCGCAUUUGGGCGAACGAGGGCAACGAGUGGCACUUAAUCCAGUCGGCUAUACGCGUCGUUACGCUUCUGGCUGAUAAUUCUCAAGCUAUUUGGUACCGUUCCAAGCGACGAAUAUUGGGGAAGGCACAAGAUAUAGUUGCGGCAUGUUUAAAUAUCUGCUAUCAGAAACCGGACACCAACCGUCUACAGCACUCUCUCAAGGAGCUCCAAUGCCGUUUACAACGGCUAUUAGGUUAAUGCCUCUGGCUGGCG